GGCGGCUACCAUGUCCUUCGGCCUAACAGAAAUAAAAGGGAAUGGGAAUCAAACAAAUCACUCUAUCGACCCUGUACGGCCUCAAUAGCCAAAAUGGAUGAUUUCAGCUUCCCCCUCCUAGAAAGCAACGUAUUCAGAGAUCUGAUGGAGAUAGCUCCUAAUGCUGCGCUUGGUAUAUGGUACAUGGCCCGGAAUCUGCUGCAACCACUCUUGCCGUCCACGUCUCCGUACGCUUCACAGAGCACGGCACUAUCCUGGCUCUACCUCAUCUCAGCUGCCGCUAUUCGCGAUACAUUGGCUAUAGAGCUAUUCUUGGGAAUACAAGAUUCAUUAUCCUUCCACCCUUUGUCACGGAGCCCGAUUUCUCCUCGCUAUGGGUCGUUAGACUCAGCACUUUGCUUGAUUGUCAAAAAUGCGUCCAAUCUUUCUCAAUCUGGGCUAUAAGAGAUGGGCCUCCCGACGAAUUUCCUGGGCAAGAAGUCGCAGAGAUCGUUACAAGAGGGGUACUUCUUGUUGGGUACAUGUUGCAGUCAUCAAUGCUGCAUGCUAUACUCGCUGCACUUUGCUCGAACUGGAUACCGAUGACAAAAUUAUCGACAGUGGCAUUUUUCCUGGGUACGACUAUGCUCUUUAUGCGGCACCAAGUAGAUCUUAAGACAGCCGGGCGAGAUAUAAGCACGACCAUAUUUUCGAGGUCAUAAUCCACUUCCUUUUUAAGUAUACCAUAUGGUUGCUUCUAGUAGGCCUCAAAGUGCUUGCUAUUGCC